AACCUGCUUCGUGAAAUGGACCCCUGGUCAACGUUCUGUUUACCUCAGGUUCUCCAGCUGAACGUUCUGCAACUUGUUUUUCAGGCUAACGUUUAUCAUGCUAGCACGGCGGCCGGAGACAGCAGAGCCAUCAAGAUCUACAAGACGUCCAUCUUGCUGUUCAAAGACCGAGACAAAUACGUCAGUGGAGAGUUCAGGUUCCGUCAUGGUUAUUGUAAAGGAAACCCCAGGAAGAUGGUGAGAACAUGGGCUGAGAAAGAGAUGAGGAACCUUAUCAGGCUGCAGAUGGCAGGAAUCCCCAGUCCAGAACCUAUGCUGCUCCGGAGUCACGUUCUGCUGAUGAGCUUUAUUGGAAAAGAAAACAUGCCAGCUCCUCUCCUGAAGAACGUGUCCUUAUCGGAGUCGAAGGCUCGGGAGCUCUACCUGCAGGUUCUACAGAACAUGAGGAAGCUGUUCCAGGACGCUCGCCUCGUCCACGCAGACCUCAGCGAAUUCAAUAUGCUGUAUCACGAUGGAGAUGCCUACAUCAUCGACGUGUCGCAGUCGGUCGAACACGAUCAUCCUCAUGCUUUGGAGUUCCUCAGGAAGGACUGCAGCAAUGUGAACGAGUUCUUUGGGAAACGUGGCGUCGCUGUGAUGACGGUCAGAGAACUGUUUGAUUUCAUCACUGAUCCGUCCAUCACCUGCACAAACAUCGACCAAUACCUGGACAAGGCGAUGGUGAUCGCAGCAGACCGAACGUCAGAGCAGCGGACAGACCAGGACCGAGUGGACGAGGAGGUGUUUAAGAAGGCCUACAUCCCCCGAACGCUGACCGAGGUCAGUCACUACGAGAGAGACGUGGACCUGAUGAGGACCAAGGAGGAGGAGUCGGCCGUCAGCGGACACGACGACAACGUUCUCUAUCAAACGCUGACUGGAUUGAAGAAGGACCUGUCCGGAGUUCAGACGGUUCCUGCGCUGUUGGAAGACGAGUGCUCUACCUCAGAGGACGAGGAUGAGGAGGACGAUGAAGAGGAGCAGCAGGAGCAGGAUGAGGAGGCUGCGGUGGACAGAAAGGAGAGGAAGAAGAUGGUGAAAGAAGCUCAGAGAGAGAAGAGGAGGAGUAAAGUACCGAAACAUGUGAAGAAGAGGAAGGAGAAGGUGGCCAAGAUGAAGAAAGGCAGAUGACGUCCUGAUAGCCAGCCAAUCACACACAGGGACUGGGGGCGGGGCUAGAGGUGACCAAUCAUCACCUGGACACUGCUGCAGAAGCAUCUUUAAAUAAACCGUUAUUUGUUUACAUUCUUCAGCUAAUCAGCAGCUUCUCUGACAUCCACCUGUGGCUCCAGCAGCCAAUCGCAGAGCUCCCUGAGAGCAGAAUAAACGUGUUUGCAUCCUGAUGUAUGUGAUUGUUCUACAUUAAAGCUGGUCGAUGUGUUC